CAUCACCUCGCUAUCAGUAUUGCUUUUCCGUUGAACGGGCACACUGCCUUGAGUUAGCAUUUUGUAUUUUUUAAUUUAAGUCCAAACAGCUCACAAUGCAAGCGAACUGGCGGGGAAUGCCGGGACUGCUCCUCCUGGCGGCAGGACUGCUCCUGGGAAUCCAGGACUCUUUGGCCUACGACAAGGAGAUGACCGUCUAUGUGGACGCGUUAAAAUCGGAAUGCUUGUACCACACGGUUCGCCAAGGUGAAACCAUUGACUUCGAGUACCAGGUAAUCGAUGGCGGACACGGCGACCUGGACAUCAGCUUCACCCUGAUGGAUCCCAUUGGCUUGGUGAUCGUGAGCGACUUCAAGAAGCCGGAGAACGUGCAUCGCCACGAUGUCACCAAGGAGGGCGACUAUCGCUUCUGUUUUGACAACACCUUUAGCAUGUUCAAUCGGAAGACGGUGUUCUUUGAACUAAUUGUGGAGCGCGAGGGCGAGGAGCUACAGAGCGACACGCAGUGGAACGAGGUGGAUGAGCUGACGGGUCUGUCGCGCGACGAGUACUACGACAUGAAGGUGCAGGACAUCAUGGACUUCAUCGGACGCAUCCGUCUGCAGCUGAAUAAGGCGCGCCAGCUGCAGGAUGUCCUGCGAUCGCACGAAGCAAGGGAUCGCAACCUGGCCGAGUCGAAUUUCCAGAAGGUCAACCACUGGUCCAUGCUACAAAUCAGCGCCAUGAUUGGCGUGGGUCUCAUCCAGGUGUUCGUGCUGCGCAGUAUCUUCGCCACCGGCGGCCGGAUGCACGAUCUGUGGCGCAAGCUGGGCAUUUGAUGGGUUAGACGGGAGAAGCCUCUACCAAAGAUGUGUGUGCCGGAACCACAAGGAUGCAUUUAUUGAGCGGUUAGAUGUACCCCAAAGCAAAGCCAUCCGGCAGCUGGAUCCCCCUAGUUAGAAUGUAAUUUAAAAAAAAAACUUGCCAUCAUCUGUAGUUCGUUAGAUUCUAUAUAUACCGUCGUGUAUUAUUAUUUAGGCGAGAGUUAGUCUUUCGUAUAUUUAUAUAUAUAUGCGGGUGUGUGCUUGUGAUAUACCGGGUGUGUGUUGUGUGUGCGUGUGUAGGCAUUGUUAAAUGAAAGCAAUUGUACAAUUAAGUCAGGAGAUCAGUUUGAUAUUAAAUUAAAAGUUGCAGGAACCAGUGUAAAAAA